AUGUUAAAGAAACAAGGUAGGCCUCAGCUUACACUCAUCAUAGCGGCCAUAAUGAUCAUCCUCAUGAUGAAUCAUCAUCAUCAUGGAAUUGCUGCUCAUUCUGAAACUCUUCCAGUCUCUCAAAAGAUUAAAAACUUUUUACAACAACAUCGUUCCGAUGUAAAGAAUUUGGAAACAUUUCAACGAUGGGUCCGAUAUCCUUCACUCCCCGAACAUGAAAAAGAUAUUCAGCUGGAUAUUGCCAAGUAUUUGAAGGAAGAACUCCAUUUCAACAAGGUAGAUAUUUGGACCAUGGAUCAACAAAAGGUAGAACUCGAAAAUAGUAAAUUCUUUAAUACGCCUCGUAAUUUUGAGUCGUUAAAGAAGAGUCCGAUUGUGGUUGGAGUCUUGGAUGGAAGUGCUCCAGAAGAUUUAGUAGAGACUUCUCAAGAAGGAGCCAUUCAAAACGCUGCAACCAAGUUUAAGCCUUACAAAUCUCUCAUUAUCAAUGGACAUAUUGAUGUGGUUCCAGUCGGUGAUCCAAAGGCUUGGUUUUUGGAAAAUCCAUUCAGUGGUCAUAUUAAUGAUUCCAAAAUUUAUGGACGUGGUACUACCGAUAUGAAAGGUGGCUUGUACGCUGGUUUGUUGGCCAUUGAAGCCAUUCAAAAAUCUCUCGGAAUUACUAAUAUGAAAGGUAAAAUUAUUGUUCACAGUGUCGUUGAGGAAGAGAGUGGUGGUGCUGGUACUGUGAGUGCCAUUUUGCGUGGUUAUGGACAUGCAGAUGCAGGUAUUUUCCCAGAACCAUCGAAUUUCUUAAUCUUCCCACAACAACAAGGAUCUUUGUGGUUUAGAAUUACAGUCUAUGGAAAGAGUGCACACGGUGGUACAAGAUAUGAUGGAAUUAGUGCUAUUGAGAAGGCACAAAUUGUUUUGAAUGCAAUCAAAAAGUUGGAAGACGAAAGAACAGAUCUCAUUCGAAAUGUUCUCAAGAAUAAGCUUUUCGAAAAUAUUACAAUUCCAGUUCCAAUCAAUGUUGGAGUAAUUAGAGGAGGUGAAUGGCCUAGCUCUGUACCUGACUUUACUGUCAUUGAAGGAAGAUUUGGAGUGAUUCCAAAUUAUGAAACUGUGGAAGAUGCUAAACAAGUGUUGCAUGAUUUGGUUUUCAAGACAAUUCCUGAACUCGAUAAGGAGCACUUCUCUACUUAUCCUUGUAAAUUGGAGUUUAUUGGUGCAAGUUGGGUGCCUGGCUACGUCCCAUUGGAGCAUGAAUUUGUGAGUCAAUUAUCCAAGUCAUUUAGCGAAGUCACCGGUCAAAAUCCAAUAAUUGCCUCAAGUCCUUGGGCCACGGAUGCAGGUUACGUCAAUAUGAUGGGAAACACACCUUCUGUUGUUUUUGGACCUGGUGUCACUCACAUGGCUCACCAAACCAAUGAGUACAUUCCAAUUGACAAUAUUUACAAGUCAGCUGAGAUUAUUGCUUUAACCAUUGUUGACUGGUGUGGAGUUUAA